CCGUCCGUGGACCGUCCGUCCCCGCAGCGGCAGCGGCAGUCUGUAGUAGUUGUAGUAGUCGGCUCACAUCCGCGGUCCGGACGCGCACGAUGCGAUCGAAAUACAACGUCGGUCGCGCUACUACCCCGCGGUGAUAAACGUUUCGAAUAAAAGCCGAUCGAAAUAACUGUUGCAGCGCUGCGAAUCCGUCACCGACGAGACGACUGCAUAAAUAAAAUUGUUACAGUAAAAAUAUUAAAUAAUAUUUAUUUCGUAUAAUUUCAAAACGGCCUAAAAAGGCUUGUCCGGUUUUAAAAAUAAUAUCAUAAUAUCGCGGCUGUUAAAAAAAAACCGUCGCGAGUUUUUCCACCGCAGCCGCCGUCGAGAUAAUAUGCGCCUGGUGCGGAUGACGUCGGACCACAGCAAGAAGAGGCGCCGCGGCCCGUCGUCGGCGGACCAGCACGGCGCGGCGACCGCCUCGUCGUCGUCGUCCUCGUCUUCGCCGCCGUCCGAGGACCUGUGGUGGACCGAGGCGGCCGUCAACGAGGUGACCGCCGAGCACCCGGGUGAGCUGGUCCGCACCGGGUGCCCGUACAUGCUGUGCAGCGCCCUGCCCACGCACUGGCGGUCCAACAAGACGCUGCCCGGCGCGUUCAAGGUGGUCAUACUGUCCGAGGUGCCGGACGGCACGGCCGUCACGCUCAAGGCCGGCAACGACGAGAACUGUUCGGCCGAGCUGCGCAACUGUUCCGCCCUGGUCAAGAACCAAAUCGCCAAGUUCAACGACUUGAGGUUCGUCGGACGCAGCGGACGAGGGAAAAGUUUCACGAUCACCAUUACGGUUUCGACGUGUCCACCUCAAGUAGCGACGUACAAUAAAGCAAUCAAAGUUACCGUGGACGGACCUCGAGAGCCACGAUCCAAAUCUCUACACCAAGGUCCUCCUCAUCAGUUCCGUGGAUUGGGCCUCGGUCAGAGGCCCUUUAUGGAAAAUGCAUCGUUUUCCAAUCAUUUGCGGGAGUUGGAUACAUAUCGUCGAGUGAAGACCGAAGAAUCACCCGUCCUCGAGCAGUCGUAUCGGUCAACAAACAACCAAGACGAACAUUCCGACAUACCCGUCGGCGUGCCGGAGUCGAGCAACUGGUGUGGUUAUUCGUCGUCGUCGUAUUCGCCAAGUGCAGCGCCGCUUGGAGGAGCUGCAUACGCCGCGUAUCCCGACACCACCGGACCUGCCGCGACCAUGGCAAUGGACGCUCCCUCAGCCAUGUACGGAAGCGGUCAUCCGGAAGUACAGCAAAACAACCACAUGGCAGACUUUUGUGGCACGCACCAACAACACCAACAUCACCACCACCAACAACAACAACAGCAACAACAACAUGAGCACCAACAGCAACACCAACAGGAACUCUUAAAACCGGCGCUUCAUCAUCAGGAUUUGGAAACAGGCGUCGGCGGCGGCUAUUACCCGUCGUCUUGGCCGACCGCGGAACACCACCAUCACCAUCAUCCGUCGUCGUACCACCACCACCAUCACCAUCCGGCCGCGGUCGCGUACCAGUACAACGCGGCAGUGGUACCACCGCCACCACCGCCGCCUCCGCCGCACCACCCGGUACAGAUGACCGCCGAACCACCAACCGUGCCGCCGCCCACCACGAUGGUGCUGUACCCACACCUGUACUCGACGGUGAACCAGAACCAGAUACACCUGCACCUGCACGCGCCGUCUUCCGCGGCCGAACACCAACUGCAGCAGUUGCACAUCAACAACAAUAACAACAACAACAACAACAACAACAGCAUCAAGGACCCGUCCGCGGCCGAACACCACCAGUACGUCGUGGACGACGUGGCCGCGUUGGCCGCGGUCGCGGCUGCCGGCAAUCCGGCCGCGCAGUUGACCAUCAGCGCGGCCGGCAGUGGCGGAGGGAACGCGCGUGGCAUCGAAAUCGGACUCUUACCGCCACCCCCUGCCGUAUCGCUAGACGAACACCAUCAGGCGGGCGACAUCAUAUCCAUCGGCGGCCGGUACAGCGACCGACAACAACAGCAGCAACAACACACCGACCUGGCCGUCUGGAGGCCCUACUGAUGGGCUGCGUCGCCACUAUUAUUAUUUUAUUACUACUAUAGAGGACUACCAAGCGACGGCAACAUGGGUCGCCACUUAGACCGUAUAAAGCUCAACACACGACCGGAGACGCUAUAAAUCUGUAACGGCCGUAUAGGUCCUAUUAUGAAUUAUUAUUAUAUCAUAUUGUUGACUGUGUCUUUUCAUACCGUUUUACAGUGGUGGCGCUAAAACUAUUAUUAUUAUCAUUAUUUUUAUUAUUAAACUUUUAUUUUCAUCAUGUAUAUUAUACCUACAACUACUGUCAACGGUGUGUUGGUUGAGAGGGUGGGUAACCCGUGCAGUAAUCAGCUAGUUGUGAUUAACAGUCAAUUUUAUUAUAAUUUAAAUUUUUAAUGAAGCUAUUUUAAUUGGUUUACAAUAUCAAUCAUGACAAUAUUCAAAUCAUGUCGUAUUAUAUUUUAUUAUAUGAUUUCAAAAUUACCAAAAGGAAGUUUUUCGUACAUUUGGCUUCUCGUGAACAAAUUGUCUUUUGGCCUGUAGUUGUCAUAUCGAUUCGAUAAGAAUAAAAAAUAAAGUGUCAACGGGGAGAGUGAUUUAUCUAUUUAUAGAGAUAACUAUUUUAAAGUGAUGGUGACCGUAGCUCUGAAAAAUAUACUCUGAAACCCUUCAUAAUAAUCUCGGGCUUAUAGGUAAACUUAUUCUUGUACAGUUAUACCUAUACCUGAUUUUGCUUGACCGUUGUUAUUUUAGCAUCUUCCUCGAUUUUUCGUCAAUUAUAUACAAUAGACCGUAUAUAGAGAUAGAUUCGAAUUUGUAUUUUUGCGCUGAAAAGUCAAAACAAAAUUAUUGUAAAAUCAAUAUCAUUAUAUGAAAAUCAAAUUAAUUUCAAACGAGGUAUAAUUAGAAAAUCUCACAAUAACGUUUUUUACUGCAGAGCUAAGUACAUCCCUUGAGCGACAAAUGUAUGUAUCAUUUUAUAUCUAUAAUAGUAAUAAUUAUUAUAUUAUAGAAUGGUUCAAGAACGAUUACAAACCAAUGCAUCAUUAGCUGAUUAUAAUAUAUUAUUAUCGUAUUAAGUAUUAUUUGAUCGAACGUUUCGAAAUCCGUCGUUCGUCUUUUUCAUUCGUCCAUUGGCGCGCGUCAAAUUACUAUUCCUCGACACACGCAUUCCGACGUAUCUCAUCGUUUUCUUUUCCUUAUAUAUUUUAUAUUAUUAUUAUAUUGUAAACCUACUAUUAAUAUUAUAAUAUUAUACGUUUCGUACGCACACGUGCCCCGUGAUUGUACGUAAUAUUAACUUAGAAAAUCAAAAUUAUCAUACUUCUUUAUAUAUUAUAUAAUAUUAUUAUUGUAAUUUGUUGAUUUAUUUAUAUAUAUUAUUGUAUUAUUAAAUGUACUACUUGUGAUA